AUGACUGUUGGAACCUUUGAAAUUGCACUGAGUACUGAGGACACUCUGAAGGGAAGGGGAUGGGGCUCGGAUCCCCUCCCCGAGCCUAGGGUAACUUUGAAGGUGGAGGGGAAACCCAUCCGGUUCCUAGUGGACACUGGCGCCCAACACUCGGUCCUACUGAAACCAGAAGGACCCCUUUCUAACAAGAAAUCAUGGGUGCUCGGGGCUACCGGAAAUCAACAAUUUUCAUGGACUACCCGAAGAAUGGUGGACCUAGGCGUGGGCCGGGUAUCCCACUCGUUCCUCGUGAUUCCAGGCUGCCCCGCUCCCUUAUUGGGACGGGACUUAUUAACAAAAAUAGGAGCCCAAAUUACCUUCACAAAGAAGGGCCCCUAAGUAACUGACCAACAUGGGGAAAUUAUCCAUGUUCUAACCAUGAAACUAGAAGAUGAACAUAGGCUAUUUGAAAGGCCUCAGACCAAUGCAGACAUUGGCAAAUGGCUCACCAAAGUCCCGGGAGCAUGGGCCGAGACUGCCGGGAUGGGAUUGGCCACCCAUCAACCACCAAUAAUUGUUGAUCUAAAGGCUUCCGCAACACCUGUCUCGGUACGUCAAUACCCCAUGAGUCAGGAGGCCAGAGAAGGAAUAAAACCUCACAUAAUGAGGCUCUUAGAAUUAGGAGUCCUAAGAAGGUGCCAAUCUCCCUGGAAUACCCCUUUGCUACCAGUGCGCAAGCCAAAUACCAAUGACUAUCGCCCAGUUCAGGACUUAAGGGAGGUUAAUAAGAGGGUUGAAGACCUACACCCAACCGUGCAUAACCCCUAUAACCUCCUGAGUUCACUACCUCCGGACCGAGACUGGUACACAGUCUUGGACCUAAAAGAUGCUUUUUUCUGUCUGCCACUGCAUGAAAAAAGUCAACUUAUCUUUGCCUUUGAAUGGAAGGACCCAGACUCUGGAAUCUCCGGACAGCUGACUUGGACUAGGUUGCCUCAAGGAUUCAAAAAUUCACCCACCAUCUUUGACGAGGCACUUCACCAGGACCUGGCCUCCUUCCGAACCUCAAACCCCCAGGUAACUCUCCUCCAAUACGUUGACGACUUACUCCUUGUGGCUGGAACCCAAACUGAAUGUGAACAGGGAACAAAGGCACUAUUAGAGGAACUGGCCCGCCUGGGUUACUGCGCCUCGGCGAAGAAAGCCCAACUCUGCAAAAGGCAAGUAACCUACUUGGGGUAUUCCCUGAAAGGAGGGCGGAGAUGGCUAACGGAAGCACGUAAACAGGCUGUGGAACAGAUCCCAGUGCCUGCAAAUGCCAAACAAGUAUGGGAAUUCCUGGGAUCUGCAGGAUUUUGUAGACUGUGGAUACCGGGGUUCGCCGCCCUGGCGGCCCCCCUUUACCCCUUGACCAAGACGUCUGCAGUUUUCCAAUGGGGAGAGGAACAACAACAGGCUUUUGACGACAUCAAGCGUGCCCUCUUAAAGGCACCCGCUCUCUCCCUUCCUGGCACCUCCAAGCCAUUCUACUUGUAUAUACAUGAGCAGAAAGGCAUUGCAAAAGGGGUACUGACCCAGAAACUAGGGCCCUGGCGAAAGCCAGUGGCCUAUUUAUCAAAAAAGUUGGAUCCUGUGGCCGCUGGGUGGCCCCCUUGCCUUAAGAUUAUUGCCGCCGUGGCUUUACUUUUGAAGGAUGCUGAUAAAUUAACUCUGGGGCAGACUGUCACAGUCAUUGCAUCCCAUGCACUGGAGAGUGUCAUCCGCCAGCCUCCAGACCGAUGGCUCUCAAACGCCCGAGUCACCCACUACCAGAGUCUCCUUCUUAACUCGGAUAGAGUCAAGUUUGCACCCCCUACUCAACUAAACCCGGCUACCCUCUGGCCAGACCCCGACUCCACAGUAAUCCACAGCUGUGGGGACAUCUUGGCUGAGGUUACCGGAACGAGACCUGAUCUGACGGACCAGCCACUACCGGACGCCAAGGUAACCUGGUUCACUGAUGGCGGUAGCUACCUCCUUGAAGGUAAGCGGAUGGCGGGGGCGGCAAUUGUUGACGGAGACAGGGUGAUUUGGGCUAUCAAACUGCCUGAAGGGACUUCAGCCCAGAAGGCCGAACUAAUUGCAUUAACCCAGGCCCUAAAUAUGGCAGAGGGAAAAAAAGCUACCAUAUAUACAGACAGCCGGUAUGCUUUUACAACUGCACAUGUACAUGGUGCCAUAUACCAACAGAGAGGAUUAUUAACCUCUGCAGGAAAAGAAAUCAAAAACAAACAAGAAAUUUUAGAUUUACUCGAUGCCCUGCAUCGGCCGGCCAAGCUGGCCAUAGUCCAUUGUCCGGGGCACCAGAAAGGAAACUCUCUAGUGGCAAGAGGAAACAGGAUGGCUGAUGUAGAGGCCAAAAAGGCUGCUCAAGGAGCGUGUCUGCUCCCCUUAUUUGAAAAAGAAACUGGCCUCCCAAAGUUACAGCCUUCAGAAUAUACUGAACAGGACCUAGAAGAUAUGACUAGGAUACAAAAGAAAUUUAAUAAGGACACUCAAAGAUGGGAGACAGAAGAAGGAAAACAUAUCCUACCUAGACAACAAGCAGAAUCCACUCUGCAACAGCUGCAUAGGCUAACUCAUUUUGGAGCUAGAAAAUUAAUAAAAACCCUCAAAAAGACUGACUAUCACAUAAUAGGACUCAAAGAAAUGGCUGAGAAGCUGGUAAAACAAUGCAUCCCAUGUCAAAAAGUAAAUGCCCAGACCUCCCAGACGGACCCUGGAAAGAGACUUCGCGGAGAUCGACCAGGCUUAUAUUGGGAGACUGAUUUCACUGAGCUGAAACCUGCUCGCUACGGGAAUAAAUAUCUUCUAGUUUUUAUAGACACAUUCUCUGGAUGGGUGGAAGCCUAUCCCACUAAGAAAGAGACUGCCACAAUGGUAACCAAAAAACUUUUAGAAGAAAUCAUCCCCAGAUAUGGGGUACCUCAGGUAAUAGGCUCAGACAACGGUCCUGCCUUUGUUGCCCAGGUAAGUCAGGAGGUGGCCAAAACUUUGGGGAUUAAUUGGAAAUUACAUUGUGCUUACAGACCCCAGAGCUCAGGGCAGGUAGAAAGAAUGAAUAGAACAUUAGAGACCAUAACUAAAUUGUCCUUGGAGACUGGCUGUACAGAUUGGGUGAUGCUCCUUCCGUGGGCCCUCUUCCGAGUUCGCAACACCCCUUACAAGUUUAACCUAACUCCUUUUGAGAUUUUAUUUGGUGUCCCAACCCCACUUAAUAAGUUGUUAAUGCAGACCCCAGAUAUAAUUUCUUCCUCUGAUCUGAACCACAGGCUCCAGGCGCUAUAUAUCCUCCAAAAGGACUUAUGGCCAAAACUGAAGGAGAGCUAUCUGCCUGCUAAGGACCCAGCCCCGCAUUCAUACCAGCCGGGGGACUCAGUCUACGUGAGGCGACACCGACCCUCAAACCUCGAACCUCGUUGGAAAGGGCCCUUCACGGUACUCCUGACGACACCCACCGCCGUGAAGGUAGACGGGAUCGCUGUCUGGAUCCACGCAUCCCACGUGAAACCAGCUCCAUCACCUGACCCCCGCUGGCAGCUGACAAAGACUGAUAACCCCCUUAAACUGCGUCUUCGCCGUGUCUCUGUCAGCUGCGAUGAAGUUUCUUAAGGUUUGGACAUUGUUAAUUAUAUUGUUGCCUUGUUCUCUAUCCUCUUCACCCUAUCAACUUUACAAUUAUACCUGGCAAAUCAUUAACCAAGCAGGAGAUGUAGCUAAUUCCACAUCUCAACUAUCAACGUCUACUCCCUGGCCCCCUCUCGAGGUAGACCUGUGUGCCCUUGCACUAGGAGCCGACCCACAGUGGGGCACCCCCGACCAUUUUUGGCCACAAAACAAGCCUAUAAAUACUGGAAAUCGAUACCUUCCCCAGUAUGGGUGUGGCAACACGGUUGACAGAACCCUUCUCAAUACGGCCCCAAUUUAUGUCUGCCCCGGACCCUCCCAUAGACAAAGAACAUCAAAUUACUGCGGUUAUUAUAACGACUAUUUUUGUGCCUCCUGGGGAUGUGAAACUACUGGAGAUGGGUCCUGGCGCCCCUACUCUUCAUGGGACUAUAUUACAAUAAAAAGAAAAAGCCCCAUAGAAGAAAAAGACUUAGCCCACCACGUCGUAGGGGGACAACUUAUAGUACUUCCCCAGGAGAGAUGUAAUAACUGGUGUAACCCCAUCCUGAUAUCUUUUACAGAAAAAGGAAAAAGGGCAAAAUGGGAAAAUAAUAGAGGACUUGAGUGGGGCCUUCGCUUGUACGUGUCAGGGAAGGACAUCGGCCUAACUUUUAAGAUUAAGCUAACCAAAACUCUCCCAGAUUCCCAAAAAGCCAGUAUAGGCCCCAACCCUGUACUCCAUAACCCACAAUCCCCAGCUCAACCUGAACCACCCCAGCAAUCACUCCCCUCUACUUCCCCAACUGCAGCUGCCUCCACCUUUUUCAGACCCACAGUUCCCCCAAGGUCCCCUUCCUCUGCCGAUCUCAUCCUAACUCUGAUCAAUUCCUCUAUUCAGGUCUUUAAUUCUGUCAACCACGCUCUGGGGGAAUGUUGGAUUUGUUAUUCUUCCAGCCCCCCCUUCUAUGAAGGACUA